CAUAAGCAUAGUUCAUUGCGCAAAUAAUUCAUCAUUAACACUUAAUUGAAAGAAAUCUCUACCGAAACAACCUUUUCCCGUAUAAAUCAGGGCACCCUACAAAGAAAUCCCCUCACCCGUCAGUCGACCAACUGCCGACUUUAGUAACCUGAUCCACGGGCUAUAGCGGGCUAUAGUGGCCUGUACGUUCCCCGCUUCUUUUCACCCCUUCGCCGUCACCCGUCCAUCAACUAGCGACAAUCCAUGUACUAUGGCCAUACGGAUGAGGAGCAGCAGGUCAAGAUGUCUAGUAUAUAUUCCUAUUGUCGUACUGAAUUGAUAGAAACCUAUGUUAUUAUCAUAUCAAAAUCCAAUCAAUAUUCACCAGAUACUUUGAGACAACUAUUAACAUACUUACACAAAUUUACUUACCCCUAACCCCUAUCAACAACCACAAUGAACGGAAACACAACCCACCAAUCCCGGCCCCUAAGCGUCGUCGUAACCGGUGGCGCCAGCGGGCUUGGGCUAUCCAUGGUCCAGUAUUUCGCAUCGCAGGGGUACACAGUCACAAUAUUCGACGUCAACACCGAAGCAGGCCACCGAGUAGCACAGGAAGUAGCAGCACAGAACCCAUCCGCGAAAGUAUCCUUCAAAUUCUGCAAUGUCACAUCUUGGGACGGGCAAGCGACGGCCUUCCGGGAGGUAUAUGAGCAACGGGGCGCCAUCGACGUUGUUAUGGCCAAUGCCGGCAUCUCAGAGCAGGGCGUUAGCAGUCUUACGCUAGUUGAUGAGGAGGAGCCUUCGCAGCCUAGGUUAAGAGUGCUCGAUGUGAAUCUAACGGGUGUGAUAUAUACUGUCAAACUUGCGACACAUUACAUCAAGAAAAAUAACCCUGAUCCCUCAACGGGAUCGCGGGGUUGCAUCAUUUGCACGGCGUCGAAUGCGGGAUUGUAUCCCUUCCCAGUAGCGCCUGUGUAUGCUGCUUCGAAAGCUGGUAUUAUCGGACUUGUUCGCUCUCUUGAUAGAGUGCUUCAAAGGGUUCAUAUCCAAAUUAAUGCUUUGGCGCCCGCGGUAUUAGAAAGCGGGCUUGCUCCCUCGAAGGCUCUAUUUGAGGAAAUGGUCGUAACACCUAAGUCGACGCUCAUUAAGGGUGUUUCGCAAUUGAUUGGUGACCGUACUAUAAGCGGAAUGGUGGCCGAGAUCCACAGCGACAAUGUUACACUCCGACAUCACCACGAUUAUGUGGAUGAGGAUACUAAGAACAACCUCGAGACGUUCUGGAGGCUUGGGUAUGCUUAAUCGGGUUCUUUGUUUUUCGUCUUAUUCUUUUUUUUUCGGGUAUGCAUUAUUAGAUUAUGAUGGAAUCUCGGUAAACUACGUGGUUAUACUACUAGUAUAGAAUUUAGUUCCGGUCAGAAGACGACUCGAUGCGUACGUUAAUAUGAUUAUAUAUACAUAACAUAGGGAGAUUCUUAACUUACCCCAAAGAUAUUACCCAAUAUUCUCUAGCGAAAGCACCUUUAUGGUUGA